AUGUCACACGCAAGCCUGUCUCAUCGCCGAACCCAUAACCUCCUCUUGAUCUCCAAGCUGUUGAAUCAGCGCGACCAUGCCUCACCACUCACGCUGGUGCUCGAUACGCUAGAGCAGCCCGCAAAGCCUCUGUUGUGCGACUAUCUGCGUCGUGCCCGGCUCUCGCGGACAACAACAAUCUUUCUGUCCUUUGAGACGUUUGUGAAGCCGCGGGAUGUGGAAUUCUUCGUCCAAUGCCAUGGUGACACGAAGGCGCCGGAGAGAGUGGCCAGGCAAGUAGCAGAGGCGGUAGGAAAGAGUGGAAACAAGCGAUGUUUGAUUCUGAUAGACUCUCUGGCUACCUUGGUCUCGAUGUCAACGAACCCAACAUCGAAUCUGAAUCUGACGGCAUUCCUCUCCUCACUACUGCAGCCAGCAACGCAGCUGCGCAACGACGUACAGAGACAGCCACCCCAAGUCUCGGUGGUUGCGGUCUAUCACACUGACAUUCCACUCCCGUACCCGUCCACAUCGGCUUCUGCAUAUUCCUACUCUCCAUCCCCUUUCGCACUACUCUCAUACCUUGCAACAACCAUCAUCACAGUGCACUCACUAUCCAUCCUGCAGGCGGAAAAGUCGGCCCAAGUAAAGUCACAGGUAGCGCCUGUGUUCGGACUGGCCGAAGAGGUCGAGGGAGUGGUCAUCGGGGCCAAGCCGAAAUGCAUGGGGUUGAGGCCUGAGGAGCGUGGCAUAGUCCUGGAGUUGGAACACCGGAGGAAAAGUGGGAGAGGGGUACUUGAAUGGUUUUUCUUGCCCACGGUGGCGGAAAAGAACCAGAGUGGUGUUCAAGCGGCCCGGGAGAUCGUCACCUUACUGGAUGAUCAUCCUCUAUUCCGCAAACCAAAAGACGAUGAGGACCCCGAGCAAGCCUUGUCCGGAAUGACCUUCGAGUUGGGCUUGACAGAUCGACAGAGACUAGAACGCGAGGGCGUGGUAUUGCCGUACUUUGACGCCCAAAAGGCGGGGGGCGGCGAAGGCGGGAGAAUCUUGUACGAUAUGGGCGUGGAGGAUGAUUUCGACGAGGAGGAAGACGAGAUAUGA